UUACAAUUGUUAUUAUUGUAAUAUUGAUUUCGGAGAUCGUACUUCUGGAGGCUUGCCUGAGAGAAUUGGCGCAUCGAAAGAAGGGAAAAAAUGGAAGCGAUGCGAAACGAAGCGAGCAAUGAAAUAUCGAGCAUAUUCAAUCGCCUGGAUAUCGCAGGUUGAUGCUACGCGUGAACGUCGACUGCGUCUCGAGAGGAAGAUUUUGGUCAGGAGCGAAGAAAGAAAAGAAAGGGAAAGAGAACAGAAGAAAAGAGAGAAAAGGAACAAGAGAGAAGCGAUUCGAAGGAGAAAUGGUACCGAGCACAGUGAGCGGCGAGCGCGGUGCGGGACUGCAUGCUGGUCGCUGGUCUUGCUCCCGGGACAAACCUCCCUCGUGAUAACGUCAGCCCCGAGCAUGUGUAGAAGGGAGUUGAUUUUCGUGUUUUGCGGCUCCUGUUUCAUUGCAUGCGUGCUUUGCGUGCUUUGUGUGCUUUGUUUGAUUCGCGACGAGAUCGGCCGAGGCUGCGGAACCAAGUAGGAACACCACCGAACCCGUACACUUGUCGUCAGUGAUUGUCACGAUAUGCGUAUUUUUAAAAUCUCAUCGAAAGCACGCAACCCUUUCUGGUGUAUAGGCAAACAAAAGAAGAGGGAACAACUGUAUCGCAGUCGAUCCUCGAGAGAAGAAAAACGUGUGUGUGCUGGAAGGAAGGGUACCCAGAACCGAAUAGAUACGGGCCAAUAAGCUAGAGCUCUGCCGGGGGAAAAGACAAACUACCGAGAGCGACCUAAACAUCGCAGCGAGCUAGAUUAGGGUCGUCGGAGGCCCAUGGCCGGGAACUCUUUCCGCUGGUUCUGGUCGUGGAUCCCGAUCGCGAUCCUUUCCAGUUGCUUCGUCUUGUCGAACACCGAUCGAGCACCGUGCGUCGUCUCGUACCCGUUGAACGUAACCGAAACCGAAAUCGAAACCGAAGAUGUCUACGACGAACAACAGUCGGAAGUAACAGUUUUUCUGCGCGAGCAUUGCAACAGCGAAACGGACGCGACGGACAUUCAGGGAUUCUUCGACCGAUCGAACUUCGAUGUACGGAUCGCUGUGAUUCCACCGUCUCUGUCGUGCGAAAGAAAGACACGAGGACUCGACACCUUGUUGCGCAUACUAGGCGAGAGAAAAACGAAAGUCGUCGUGGCCGCUGUCGAUACGCCCAUGUGCGAGAUCACGGCGAAACUGGCACGUCUCUGGAACGUGUCCCUGUUCACGUGGACGUGUCCUUUGAAAGACGACAUGGACAUGAAAGAAUUUUCGUCGAUCAUCAGACUAUCGCCCUCCUUGCCAGCGAUCGCCAAGGCUUUAACGGAGAUACUGAUGAACUUGCAAUGGAAAGCCGUGUCUAUGAUAGGAACCGAUCGCGAACCAUGGUUGAGCCUCGACAGAGCGCUGUUAAACGCUCUCCGAGGUAUCGGGGCUAUAUUACGAUACCACGUGAUAUUGCCGUAUCACGCUUCCCUCGAAGAGAUUCGAAAACUUCUUCGUCCAACGCACAACAUUUCCCGAAGAGUUACCCUGCUGUGUCUGCCGACGUCGGACGACAACGAAAUAACGUCUCGGGUCCUUACCGAGCUGGACGCCGCUCGCAAGCCGUCGAGCACCGCGUGGAUCGCGACCACCAUGAUUGUUCACACGAAAGACGACGAUUUCUUUUUACCGGAGACGAACUCCUCGGUUCCUCGUUUCGACUUCACCGCAUCCAUAUCUGCCGAUAAUCCGACGCCCUCGAAUCGUUCUUUCUUAAACGAGACCGACGAUUAUCGCGUCCCCGUGUCGCAAGGUGCUCGCGCGAAACAAGCGAACGAGGAAGAAAGAGACCGGCGCGAGGAAGAGGAGAGGCGGGGAGAAGCGGAUGAAACGGAAGAGGGAACGGAAGAGGGGUCAGAGGGAGAUGAAACGGAAGCGGAGGACGAGCAAGAGCGUGGAAAGAGGAAAUAUCGAUAUUUACCACCGCGAAAUCUCAGCUCGGACUUUCUGGAGAAGCUGGUGAUCAUAACGCCUCUCGAUUAUAGAUACGACGUGGAAAAGGUGUACGACGGCACCGAAACGUACGCCAGCCCGUCGCUGUUGGAUCAUUUGAACGAAACGUUCACCGUGUUAAUGUACGACAACUCGAGCAUCAACUCGUUCAACAACAAAAUGUACGCGUACGUGUUGCUGGAUUGGCGGGUCGACGCAUGGAAGCCGAUAAUGAUCAGCGUGGAGCAACGAAAGAAACGGCUGUUGGUCCGAAAAUUGUCUAUGAACGCGCCGGUGUUCCACGACACGCACGUGGACAUACUAAGAUGCAACGCGGAGGUUAACGGGCAGCUCGGUAUCGAUUGCACAGAGAACCAUUCCGACGAAAACGAAACAGCGUUUCGCAUCGCGCGUAUCGUAACUAUUGUUCUGGGAUCGCUGUUGUUGACCGCGUUCGCGAUAUUAGCCGGCAUCUUGAUCAGAAAAAAGCUGGUUAAGAAGAGAAUAUCGAAAGGUCAGUACAAGAUCAUUCUGACCACGUCGGAUUUUGUGUUUCCGCAAGUGCCUCGCGUAGAUUUUAGAAGGGUGGACGAGGGUAUCGAGACAAUGUUAUCCUGUUGGCUGCAACAAUUGCAAGAAUUUGGUGGCCCGGAGGUGGAGAAACCGGAUCUUCUUCAGCUCGGCAGCGUGUCCUCCUUGAGGCCGUAUCUACGGACAAGCACCGGGAACCUUGCGCGCCAUGGUUUCUUUAAAGUUCCUCGGGCUCAGUACAACGGCGAUUUGGUGCAGUUGAAGGAAUUGCCGGCGGAAGACGGCACGUUCGAGUUGAAGAACAAGGCUAUGGACGUUCUGGUCACGAUGCACGGGUUACGCCACGAAAACUUGAAUCCUCUGAUCGGAUGCCUGAACGAGCCAACGAGACCGUGCCUCGUUUACGAGUACUGUUCGAGAGGGUCGCUGGAGGAUGUAUUGGUGCAGGAUGAGAUCAAGCUCGAUUGGUCCUUUAGAUUGUCCUUGCUCACCGAUCUUGUACGGGGUAUGAGGUACCUUCACGGCACGCCGGUACGAGUGCACGGCUAUCUUACUUCGCGCAACUGCGUGAUAGACGCGCGCUGGGUGCUCAAAGUGACCGAUUAUGGACUACCGGCGUUUUACGAGGCCCAGAAUAUCGAGUGUCCGCCGAAAACGGCUCGAGAUCUGUUGUGGACGGCGCCGGAAUUGCUGAGACAGCCGAGUCUGCGGAAAAAGGGAACGCAACCGGGAGAUGUUUACAGUUUCGGAAUUAUUAUGCAAGAGGUGGUGGUUCGCGGAGAACCGUACUGCAUGCUCGCAUUGUCGCCGGAAGACAUCAUAGAGAAAGUGAAGAAACCGCCGCCUUUGAUCAGACCCUCUGUGAGUAAAGGCGCCGCACCCCCCGAAGCGAUAAACAUCAUGCGGCAAUGUUGGGCGGAAAGCGCGGACCUGAGACCCGACUUCGACGACGUCCACGAUCGUUUCAAGACACUCAACCAUGGGCGAAAGGUCAAUUUCGUAGACACGAUGUUCCAAAUGCUGGAGAAGUAUUCGAAUAAUCUGGAGGAACUGAUACGAGAGCGGACGGAACAAUUGGACAUGGAGAAGAAGAAAACGGAACAAUUGUUGAAUCGAAUGUUGCCAAGUUCGGUCGCGGAGAAACUGAAAUUGGGAAUGCCGGUCGAUCCCGAGGAAUUUCGCGAAGUGACUAUUUAUUUUUCGGACAUUGUCGGCUUCACGAGCAUUUCCGCGCACUCGACUCCGUUCCAAGUGGUCGACCUAUUGAACGAUCUGUAUACCUGCUUCGACGCAACGAUCAACGCGUACACCGUAUACAAGGUAGAAACCAUAGGGGACGCGUACAUGGUCGUCGGCGGUUGCCCCGUAAGGAUACCCGAUCAUGCCUCUCAGAUAGCUACGAUGGCCCUCGAUUUGCUGCACCAGAGCGGAAAGUUCAAGUUGAGACACCUGCCGAAAACUCAGCUGAAGCUUCGUAUCGGUCUUCAUACUGGUCCAUGUUGCGCCGGCGUUGUUGGCCUGACGAUGCCGAGGUACUGUCUUUUCGGCGACACGGUGAACACCGCGUCGAGAAUGGAAUCGACCGGAGCUCCGUGGCGCAUACAUUUAAGCGAGGAGACGAAGGACAUACUGUCGCGGUGCGGCGGAUACGACAUCGAAUAUCGUGGACCGACCGAGGUGAAAGGCAAAGGAAAAAUGCCCACGUACUGGUUGCUGGGAAAACAAGGCUUCGACAAGGAACUGCCGACACCGCCGCCGUUUGGGGAAAACCAUGGGUUGAACGAAAGUGCAUCACCGGAGGAUAUUACGGAAAGAGAACCGGAAGCAGCGGCGGCGACGACAACGGUAGCGACGGUUGCGGUGACGACGACGGCGACGACGACACCGACCGAAACAACGACAACGACGGUGUCGACGACUACAACGGAAUCCGCGCCGUCGAUCGACAAGCUUCUCUCCCGCGAGGAUGGUUCUUCGGCUCAAGACGAUAAAGGAAGAAAGACGGAGGACGAUCGCGUGGAUACGGACGCGAAGAUCGUCGCGACGCCGCAGCCACAGCUCGAGGAUAACGUGGAGCCUGAAAUCGCCGUGUCCGUGAACGAUGAACAGAUUUACGGUAUCAAAUCGUCUCCAAAAAUGUCGGCAGAUUUUACGAAUAUUUUAUCGGGGAAACGCGUGAUCAACGACAGAGAAAACGAACGCGUCAGUGCGAGUGGCGUAACGAAGAUCGCCUCCGGAGAUGGUCGAACGUCUCUCGGAGCGUCUACCGUGUACUCCGGCGAAACGGCUUUCUUAGGGGCGUCGACCAGUUCCCUUACAUCGAUCCCAGGCUCGGCCGCGAGCUCCUAUAGACCGGGACCCGCCAGACACCGCAGAAUAGCUGGCUAUAUAGACGAGAACGAUUUGAGCACACCGUACAACCAUUACAGAUGUCUUUCUCCUAACGAACAUUAUGGAAGAACCGUAGCCGGCCGCUUCUUGAAAAGGCAAUUCAGCUUGGACCGACCCGACGAUACCGUUUGCAUUGCCUUCACCGAACCGACUAAUAAUCAACAGCAGCAGCAGCAACAACAACAGCAGCAGCAGCAGCAGCAGAAUUUAAAAGCAGCGCCCCGGCUUUACAAACAAAACAGCGCUGGCGCAGCCAACGAUUUGGAACGCAUCGAGGAAGUACCCUCGACGCCCACUCCACUUCUUCAACAUUAUAGGCAAUCCGCGUCGGUUUCGCUCUCCGUGGAGUCGCUGACGCUUCGCUGAGCAAAUUAACCUCGCGUUCCUUCGCUGGCCAAGCAACAAACACCCGCGUGGUUCGCUCAUGUCCGCGCGAAUCGGACGUGAUCGCGUCGCGUGUCGUGCAACCAUAGUCACGAAAUCAUAGCAUAUACACGUGUAUGUGCGUAUGAUCGUGCGAACGAUUCUCUACGUCGUGUUUAAGUGUUACAUUCGUUAGGAAAGCAUUACAGGGAAAAAAAUGAUGUUCGAUCGAUAAAGAACAAAAAUGUACUAUUUAUUUUUCAGCGAGUCCGUUUUGCACCCGACACCGCGUUGCCGUUGACCGGCGACAGACGAUUAUAACGAAUACGAUUAUCGCGUGAACCCGCGGAUCGAACUCGCACCAUCUACAAUAGCGUUAAGAAGAUUAUUCACGCGGACGCGGACGCGAACGCGCGCUCAAGAAGCACAUAUUCAUACACGGAUACUCUCGUUAUCGCGACUGACAAUCUCUAUUACGUACAAAUGUUGACGCAUACGGUAUAUUCCCAUUUCUUUUCAACGUCGAACGAAUAACCGAAAUAUCUACGGCUGGCUACGAUUAUGGUGGCUGCAUACAAUCUUCGGAGAUAGCAAAAGUACAGUUCUUCGUGACACGAGAAAGCGGCGUGUGUAAAAUGUCCGUUGAAUCGGUGGCGUGCCAUUGAAAGUCACGAAUCGCUAUUGCGCGCACGUAUCACGAUGAACAGAGAGAGAACUCGUCAUUCUCAUGAUUUUCUUAUCGUAUGCGGCCAAUCCAGAAUUCAGAGGACCGCCACCGCGCGGCGAGCCACACGCUAAAUUCAAUCACUUCACUUACGGGACAACAAACUCGUAGCACUUUCCUUUUGUUAUCGCAACUAUUUGUUCGUUCCCAGACGUUAGCAAAUCUUCGCUAUCGCUUCCGAAUCGUGGACAAUAAUUCGAAAUUUUCAACCGUAGGAACCUAGAUUGUCCGUUCGUUUAUCGUGUCAGUAUUACAACUAAAACAACUAUGCGAUUUUUUCGUAUAAUAUAUCUGUAACGUCUCGAUACGAAUAUUAAGAUGUUAAGACGCGCGCGUAAAGAAGAAGAAACAAAGUAUGUGCGAAUGUUUUAUGCGGAUACGCAAUAAUAUGUGUGUUACAUGUUCAUGUAAGUGUGUAUACUAUUUAUUAUUCUAUAUAUAGUAUAGGAUCAAAGAGAAAAAGAAGGCGGAGAGGUGGAACGGACAAUAUUUCGAUCGACGAGAGAAAGAGAGUAGUCACCUGCGAGCGGUUUGAAAACAAUUUUCAGAGUUUAUCUUUUUGUAUCUGUCGAAUUAGCGCGCGCGCGUUUCGAAUGUUGAAUCCCAAACGUUGUCGAGCGACGAAUAAGUAGUCCGAGGCUCGGCCACCGCCGAGCGAGAGACGCGCGCGAAACAAAUCAUGAGAAAGGAAUUGUAAUCGAUAAUAAAAUGUAACUUGCAUUACAA